AUGCGUAUCUUCAACCGCAAAAGCGCCAAAAUCCCCAGCAAUGGCGAAAUCAUGGAUUCGGGAUUCAACAGCAGUAGCUUGAAGUCGCCACCACCUACCCAGGCAUCCCAUAAGAAUUCGCCUUUUGUUUCUCCUUCAGCGCUCGACGUCACUCUACCCGCUCCUCCCGACCCCACCCUGGAUCCUGCAGCUUACCUUAGGAGCAUAUGGGCCGUCAGAGCUAGAUGUCAGCUGAUAUAUCAACGUGCGAAGAGAAAUCAACUCGCUCAUUUCGAUGUCGAUGGCAGCAAGUUUGGUGAGACUGCCAACUAUUUGGUUUCGAUCAUCAAGAGGGACUACGCCCCAGACUAUUCCCAGAUACCUUCCCAUGGCCGAUGGCAACACUUCGAAGCGGGUGGACGACCUCGAGUCGAACAACUUAUAGCAACAUGGCCCAAAACAGUCGACGCACAAGAGAAGACCCGCCGUCUCAUCGACCUCUUCCUCGUUUCCGUCUUACUCGACGCAGGUGCCGGAACACUAUGGUCAUACAAAUCAAAGGAGUCGGGCAAGGUCUACAAGCGGAGUGAAGGGUUAGCCAUCGCCAGUCUGGAAAUGUUCAAGGCCGGCUACUUCAGCAGCGACACGCAGGAACCGUGUCAGGUCGAUAGCCUGGGUCUGAAGCGAUUGAGCGUACAACAACUGGCAAAAGGUUUACAAGUGACUGAGUACAAUCCAAUAGCAGGACUGGAAGGUAGAGCUGGGCUGCUAUCGAGACUCGGGGAUGCUCUGAAGAAUUCAGCGCUGUUUGGCGCCGAAGGAAGACCAGGGCAUAUGCUGGACUACCUCCUUUCUCAUCCCACCACACAAGCCGCAUCCGUCCCAGUCAUCACCGUCCCCACCCUCUGGACAGUCCUCAUCAACGGCCUCUCAAAUGUCUGGCCCUCGUCACGAACACAAAUCGAUGGGGUCUCACUCGGUGAUGCUUGGCCUUGCUCUUCCAUGCCUCAAUCGCCACCCGGCCUUCCAUGGGAGACUAUUGUUCCCUUCCACAAACUCACACAAUGGCUGUGCUACUCCCUGAUGGUUCCGAUGAGAAGGGUAAUGGGCAUCCAUUUCGCCGGUACGGAGCUUCUGACUGGGCUACCAGAAUACAGGAACGGGGGUUUACUGGUCGACACGGGACUUCUGACGCUCAAGGAGAAAGAUGCGAACAGAGGAUUAGCUCAAUACAGGGAAAAUUCUAUGGUGAAGGGACAGCCAAAUAUGGAGGUCGUACCGCUAUUCGCGACACAUGAUGAUGUAAUUGUGGAAUGGCGGGCUGUUACGGUCGGAUUCCUGGACGACCUGCUGGUUGAGGUCAAUGGAAUCCUUGGGCUGUCCGGCUCGGACAAAUUGAGUCUGGCGCAGAUGCUGGAGGCUGGGAGUUGGAAGGGUGGACGAGAAUUGGCCGAGGUCUCAAGGCCAAAUACCAAGGAACCUCCUAUCAUGAUAAUGUCCGACGGCACGGUAUUCUGA